AUGUUUUUUCCGCUCUCAACUGCCUCACUGCCCCAGUUCCUCGGGUUCUUCACAUUUCUCUACGUUCUCCUCGUCAUACUCAGUGUGGCCGUCUUGGGGGAAAUCCAGUUCAAUCCUUCAGAAUUAGUCCUGUCGCCCAAUUUCGAUAUCAAUUCCGGACCGCAAAUCAGAAAUUACACAUUUACCGUCAGGUCAGUGCACGUAAACAUGCUAGUGAUCAAUAAUCAAUACCCAGGGCCUUUGAUUGAGGUCAAUAUUUUCACUUUCCAGAGGAUCUAUCAAAGAGAAUUGCUGACGCCAGAGGAUACAAUCAGCGUAUUGGUGAAAAAUGAAUUGAACAUCGAGGUCUCAAUACAUUGGCAUGGAAUGUUCCAGCGUGGCACCCCAUGGAUGGAUGGAGUCACAGGUGUCACCCAAUGCGCCAUCCCAGCUGGAACAUCAUUUCGAUACACUUUUACCAUCACUGAUCAGUUUGGAACUUAUUGGUACCACGCGCACGCACAAGCUUUGAAUGCGGAUGGAAUUGCGGGACCUCUUAUAGUUCACAGUCCGCGUGACCCUCUCAAAAGGGAUGUCAAUUAUAACCGGGAUAUGAUUGUUUUCAUUGCUGAUUGGUUCCACGAUCAGAGCACCGCGAUCCUGGCCGGCCAGCUAUCGGCGGCGGGUUACAAAAACACCACUGCAGCACCCUCCCCGAAUUCCGCUUUGAUAAACGGUGUCGGACAGUUCAAUUGCCAGUACGCGGAUGCAGGCGAUAUUUGUGGGCCCAACACGGGACCCUUACAGAUACAAGUCGAACCCAAACAACGAACCAGACUUCGCUUGAUUCAAGCUGGCUCGCAUGCCAUGUUUCGAGUCUCUGUUGACAAUCAUCCCUUAACUGUUGUGGAGGCUGACUCUACAGGCGUCCAAGCCCCACAGCCAGUUCAUCGUGUCCCACGUCUCCAGUUUCACAAUGGACAGAGAUAUUCUGUCAUUUUGGACACCACCUCGGAUCAAGCCGGAUCAUCUUUCUUUCUUAGGGCUGCGAUGGAUACUGACUGCUUUGCAUGGCUCGCGCCCGGUAUCGGUGCCUGUAUUGACCUGGAUCCCGACACUCUCUCACCUUUAUUAUCUAAGGAUCCAGAAACAAAUGUGAUAGGUAGAGUAGUAUUUUAUGAAUCAAGUUUUGGAAUCGUCAUGACUCCAAAUCCCAGUAACCCGCAGAAUUCACAGGCUUUGGGACGGUUCUUUGUCGACAAUACGACCUGGACUACUUUUGUUUACAAGCCCCUCCUUCAACAAUUUCUCAGUGGAGGUUCACAAACCGUCAACAGCUCUCAAAUUACUGCUCUCACGCUUUCCACCCAAGGCACUUACGACAUCGUGAUCAACAACUUGGAUAGCGGUAUUGAUCACGUCUAUCAUCUUCAUGGUGUGGAUUCGUCCAUCGUGGCGCAGGGUUCCGGUCAAUUGACUGAUUCGCAGGCACAGAAAUUGCAAUAUCGAACUUCAAAUCCAAUGAGGCGCGAUACUAUGGUUGUCCGUGGAGGAAGCUACAUCGUCGGUGAUACGCGUUCCGGCAUACAAUCCGGCGUCUGGAUUCUCCAUUGUCAUAUCUCGUUUCACCUUGCAGCAGGAUUCGCCGGGGUAAUUGUGAUGCAGCCAAGCGAGAUUGCGAAGAUGACCUUACCAGCGGAAAACCAGGCACUCUGUAGUGCUGCGAAUCCGCAAAAUGUUGAAAACACAACUCCUGGUCAAAUUGCAAGUACCCAAAGGUUGAGAGCGCGACGUGUGCGCUGA